AUGUUUCUCCUUCUGCUACGAAAGCUAUGGACCCGACGACGAAGAUCAGGCACGGAGAAAUCUUCCAAUUCCUCGGCUACCUCCCAAGAGCUUAAAUCCGAAGAGAACGGACCACAUAUACCUGAUAUAAUCAUGAUUACUACACCACAUCACGACGAAACAGACCAGAUCGUCAAUCAAUUAGCCACCCUUGCAGCUACCGUGAGCAGCACAUCAAGCAACCGCGCCCCAUUAUCGAUUGCUGCCCCCAUAGCAGAGCCUCAAUCGGCAGCACCUAGACCUAAACUAGAACAACCAGAAGAAGAAACAUUCUACUAUCUUCGCAGUCUGAUAACAGUCUCCUGCUUGCCACAGCAUACAUCAGGCCAUACACCAACCCUCUCAGCCUCAACACUAAGCUCUAAAUCAGGGAAACGCAAAAGUCAAAUCUUUGAUCGGAAAAGAGCCUCAUCAAUUCUGAGUUUACAUCUUGGUGAUCUGCCGAGUUUGCCGCUUUCCUCGAAAGGGAAAGUCUCGCGCAAGCCUUGCCCGAGGUACAGUCCUCUUCCUCCGCCAUUUUUGCAGAAGAAUCUUGCUAUUCGGCCUGAGGUGCGUUUCUAG